UGUGCUUGAAAUCAGGAAAGUAUGUGUGGUGGGGUGAUUGCUUAUAGAAAUAAGAUUAGAUGUUUGAUCUUUACUCGUAAUAAGAAACUAGACUAAUUGAAAGUGUGCUUGAGAUUGAAAAAAUUCCUGUGCUUGUAGUUUCAGCAUCUGUAUCUGUUUCGAUGGAUACUCAUUUUUUUUAUAUUUUUUUCCUCUCUAUUUUAGGAGUUUCUUAUUGAUAUUUUUGUCUUGAUUUUCCAUGGAUGCCGAGUUGAAAGAAAUUUCCAAUAAACUCUCUUUGACUGAGGAGGAAAAUGCUAAGAGGAAAAAUGACUGGUUGUUUGCGGGUUUCACUCAUCAAGAAGUCACUGCUACCAGCACAGGCAAUAGAUCAAGUGGUAGAAGCCAUGAGAAUGAAGAUUUUAGCCUUAAACUUCAAGAGCUAUUAUCAACUAACAUGAAGAAGAAGACUAAGCUUUUGGAUGAGAUUUGCAGUCAUAUUCAGAGGCUUAAUGGAGAGGUUGAUGAUUUAAGUAUUCGAAUAUCAGAGUUAAUGGCUUCUUUAGACAACAAUGGUAGCAUCAAUGCAGACAUCCUCAGACAACUUCUACAACAAUAGUUACGUACAAAUUUUUGUCCUUUAAUUUACUCAACUAAUGCUUCAACUCCAUGCAAUAAGAUAAACGAACAGCUCAGUUUUCUGUCCUCGUUCUUUUACAA